GCACCUUCCAUUGAAGACUCGCCGAGGGGACGGACCGCGGGGCGUACGAAGCAUGAACAACAUGAACGGUAUGAACAUGAACCCGAUGGGCGGCGGCAUGAACAUGAACUCGAUGGGCGGCAUGAACCCCAACAUGGCCGGCUCGAUGAACCCGAACAUGGGCCACCACGGCGGCAUGAUGAACCCGUCCAGCAUGCACCACAUGCCCGGCAUGGCGAACGGCGGCAUGCCCAUGAACAUGGGCAUGGGCAUGGGCAUGCCCGGCAGCAACGGCGGCAACGGCGGCGGCAACCCCUCUGCCAUGAACCCGAUGGGCAUGCCCGGCAUGGGCGGCCACAUGCCGUCGCACCACGGCCAGCCCCAUGGCCACCACAUGAUGGGCAUGAACGGCAUGCCCCAGAUGCAGCAGAUGAGCCACGGCAUGAACAUGGGUAUGCACAUGGGCCAAGGUGGUGCGAACGCGCCCAACAUGACCUCGUCGUACGCGAUGCCGCCAUCGAACGCGUCGUACCCGCCGCCGUCGGCCGCGCCGCCAUCGAACGGCCAGAGCAUCGCCAACAUGGAGUGGCGCGCGCAGUUUACGAGGGAACACCGGACCAACUUGAUCGCCAAGAUGUACAACGAAAUGGUCCGCGUCUCGACGGACCCGCCAGGCAUUGCGCUCUGGAUCAACGUUGCAUGGUUUGAGCUCAAGCUGUACAAGGAGUGCCAAACCCAGGAGGACUACAUCAACAAGAUCCUCAAGCGCCUCCAGCACCUCAAGACGCAGGCGGGCGACAUGAACCCGAUGGGCCACAACAUGAUGCCGGGCCAUGGCAUGCCGGGCCGCGACGCCAAUGGCAUGUACAUGCAGCAGCCGCCGUACGGCCAGUCGCCGGGCCUCAACAUCAACACGUCGAAUGGGCCGUCGUUUCCCAACACGUCGGGCUCCAACAGCGGCGGCCCGAGCUCGGCCAACACGCCCAAGCACACACAACCAGGCGCCAACAACAAUAACGGCCCCAACAACAAUAUCGCCAACAGCAACAACAACAACAAUGGCCCGAACAAGGGGCCUGGCGGCAAGCAGCCGCUCAACCCGCAGCAGCAACAGCAGCAGCAGCAGCAGCAGCAGCAGCAAGGUGGUCUCAACCAAGGCAACAAGCCGCCGCACAUGAUGCCGCCGUCGCAGCAAAAUCAACAGCCCAACAAGAUGGGCAACAGCAACCCGUCACCGCAGCCGAACGAGCAGUCGUUCAUGGCGCAGAUGGCCGGCGGCCCGCCCGCCAAUACCAACCCGGCCGAGUACUGGCGACAGCACGCGCAACUCAAGGCCAAGUACCUCGCCGAUGUCAACACGGUCCACAACGCGUUUCGCAAGUACGUCGAGCACAUGAAGGACCAGAACGAGAGCGAGCAAAAGAAGAAGCUCACGUACCUUCUCGGAUAUGUGCAGCUGUGUGCGUCGAUUCUCUCGGAAGACGCGUCGUCGGCGCCGGCGCGUCACCUGGACGAGCUCGAGAAGGUCAACAAGUACGUCAUCAAGAUCGUGCGCCCGUAUUUGAAGAAGCUCAAGAGCGAGAAGGACAAGCGCAACUCUGCGUCCAACACGCCUCAGAACCAAAUGCCGCCGUCGCACAAUGGUGGCGGCAUGGCCGGCAACCCGCAAGCGAUGAGCUUUGAGAUGAUGAUGCGCAACUCGAUGUCGGGCGCACCCUCCUCGGCAUCCAACGGCGGCAGCAACAACCUCUACCAGCAGAUGAUGGCCAAGAACAGCUCGAUGAUGAUGGACGAUUACGGCAUGGGCAUGCCCGGCAGCAACGGCGGCAACAGUUACGGCAACCAAUAUGGCGCCAACCCCAACAUGGGCGGCGGCUUUAACAUGGCGGCGUACGGCAGCGGCAUGAGCGGCAACGACGGCAACGACAUGAUGGGCAGCAACUCGAUGGACUCGAACCUCCUCGACUUUGACAAUGGCCUCGGCAUGGGCAUGGCCGAUGGCAACAGCAACGGCAACGGCAACGGCUCCAACAGCUCCAACGACGACGGCGGCGACGGGGACCUCAUGAAUAUGGUUGAAGCGCUGUAAGGACCGAGUGUGUAGUUUAUAUAAAGUUUCAGUUUAAAAUGCGACAAGUGUGGUGUCCUA